CCUUUUGAAGCAACAUGUACUAAUUUAGGCGACAUCGGUCAGGUCGUCAUAGUAGCCUUGGUGGUUCUCCUACGGAAUCACCUCGCUCGUCAUCCCGAGAUCUUUACUCCAGUUGCAAUAGCGGCACCUAUUCAGCUCGUACACAGGAAGACAGGGGACGAUCAUCAGCACGCCGAAGCUGCUCGUCAUGUUCGUGCAGUACGGCAAGAGCAGGAACGGCGAGAAAGCCGCGACGGCCGUGAAAAUCGUGCGACUGGUAACGGUCGUGACAAACCCGAGAGUCGAGAGUCACCGAGGACUGAGGUUGUGACGACUGAGACAACUAAGUGCCCAUCGCCACCGAAAAUGUCGGAUUCGAUCAUAAGCACUGGGUUAGGAUCUACAACUUCUUCGACGAACAGUUUGAUAACUGGAGGAAGCAGCCAAGCAAGCCUUAACACCUCAUCCGGUCCGUGGAAAUCUAAGCUUACAAACAUCAAGAACUCAUUCCUCGGAACACCGCGAUUCCAUCGAAGAAAGAUGUCGAAUGGAACAGCUGAAAGUGAUGGCGAAGACAGCCACAUGAUUGACACUAGCGACUUGGUGAAAAAAUCUUGGUUUGGUUCGUUGACGUCCAGCAUUAGUGUUGAAAGGGACGAUACGCACUGCGUGCCAGUACAGGGUAAAACCCUAAAUGCCAUAAAAGCAGAGCUUAUCCGAGCUUUCCUUACGGUGGAUAUCGUUUCGUCGCCACAGCAGGUGGUAGUAAUGGCUGGCGAAUCGCCUACUUAUGUCGUUCAAUUCGGCCUGUGCGAAGGUUCAAGCGUCUUGUCGAACAUCUGUCGUCAAUUUUGCAAAGUUCUACUCAACAGCGGUAAGAGUUCUGUCACCUUCACUUGA